AUGGAGCAUGUGGGGGCCCUGAGGCCUGAGGGUGACACACUUGUUAGUCUCAGCCAAGAGAAUGAGGAAGAGUUAGAUAACCGCUCUGAAGCCAGUGAACAGAUUGAACACGGCACACAUUCUAAAGCAGCGAGUGUUUGUAGUCACGCUUCAGAAACAUCAACAGAAUUAAGACAUAGCAAAGAACAUAAAAGGAUGGAAGGGAUGAAAAGAGAAGUUAAACAACUAAAGAAAAUAGUGUUAGAGCAUGACCGUAAUAAGCACAGCCUAAUACAUUCAAAAGAACCUCUGAUAGUCUCAAUGCAAGGUGAAAUGUACCUUGAGAGGUCAGGCACCAGAUCAGGCAUGAACUACCACCCACUUUCUGAUCACGAGUCACAGGGCCAACUAAAUGCAGAGAGACCAGACACAGGAAGCGAGCGGAAGCAUCAAGUUUAUCAGUGGGUAGCAUCUCAAUCACUGAAGAGCAAGUUAUUAAACACAGAGCCAGCACCACUUCCAACGGCCACCUCACAACUUUUCGGAGAACCAGACCAAGAUAAGGUAGAUGGUACACAGUUUCCCAUAGUGGUGCACAAAGGAACUAAAAAAUAUCAACCAUGGACACAUAGUGAUCUCACUGCUAUAAUGAGUAAACUCCCACCGAUCACUAGUGGUGGAGGGAGAUGGUUAAAUAAAUUGAUUACAUUGAGUCAUGGUGUAGUUCUGGCCGUGGGUGAUAUCAGAUGUCUGUUAGGGCAAAUUUUAAGUAAAGCUCAAGUACAGGAUUUUGAAGAAAAUGCCAAUUUGACAUUGACAGAUAACGAAGCAUUGUAUAGUACGGUGAGUACAGACAUCGGUAUGGCGCUUAGGGCCCAGUUUCCCACUCCACCAACAGUGUACCAAAACAUUAAAUUUAAAAUUAAACCAGAUGAGACAGGAGCGGCUUAUUAUUUCAGAUGCAAUGCUGAAUGGGAACAAUUAACAGAAGAAAAUGGGUUAAAUAACCCAGUCACCAGGGACAUAUUCAGGUCAGCUGUAAUGGCAGGUGCACCAGCUGGAGUCAAACAAACCAUGGAAAAUAGUCCAGACAUCCCGUCAGCUUCUAAUGAACUAUGGGAGAGACAUUUGAUAUUUUACAUAGAAAAGGCCUUAGAUAAAUCUAAUAAAGAGUUGGCUGAGGUUGAUAGAUUGAAAAAUGACCUACUUAAAUUACAAUGGAGCAAGCAAAACAGGCCACUAACAAAAAGAAACAGAUGA